GUGGGACAGAGGGGGGGAUAUUUUGGUGACAUGCGCACGCCGCUUCUGACUCAGCUGUUGUUUUAAAGAGGCACGAGAGCACAGGUGAGGCGGUGAGCACCUGGAACCGGACCGCCGUGGAUUCAUAGAGUCUGAGUUUGAGUUCGGUAACAACAUGAGCAAAACGAAGAACAAAAGUGACAAUAAGACGGAAAAAGCUUUGGCUGCGGAGAAAGAGCAGUUUGGUAAACAACAGCUCCACAGCAUCAGCAAGACUGUCGCCUCCACCGAGACACCACCCAAAGAGAAAUAUGUGCGCAAUAUCAUCAUGGGGACGCACAAGGAGGGCGGAGCUACCACCUUCUGGUCCUACAUCCUGAACCUGCCGCUGUCCAGCAACUCCAUGGUCAGCUGGAAGUUCUGCUAUCUGCUGCACAAAGUUCUCCGGGACGGACACAGAAAUGCUGUUAGAGAUUCUCACAGAUACUGCCGCAACGUCAAAGAUAUGGGAAUUCUCUGGGGAAACUUGCACGAUCGAUAUGGCCACAUUGUUGCCCUGUCUGCCAAAUUCCUCUACCUCAAGAUGGAAUUUCAUGCAAAGCACAAGGUGAUCCCGGGCAACCUUGAGAUCAGCGACGAGACUCUGGACAGGGAAGCAGGAAAUGACAUGACCAAAGUGUUGGAUAUCACACAGGAACUGUUGGAUUACCUGGAUGCUGGACUGAAGAUGUCUGAGACAGUUCUGCGCCAGCUCGAUGCCAACGGGGCCAAAUCUACAACCCCAGCUGGACAGUGCAGACUGACUCCCCUCAUACCCCUCAUACUGGACUGCAGCUUUCUCUACCACUUCUCUGUCCUGAUGAUGUUCAAACUUCACAGCCGCAUUGCUCCUGAUGUUCUCCUUGGACACAGAGAGCGCUUCCGUGAUCUGUUUACAGGUCUCACACAGUUCUUCGACAGAGCCAGAGAAAUGGAGUUCUUUAAGAGCAUCAUCCAGAUCCCAGAUCUCCCAGAUGCUCCUCCGAACUUCCUCCGCGCCGCUGCCUUGGGUGAAUAUAAGAAGCUAGUGGUGGUGAUGCCUAACGAGGAACGUCAUGAGGAGGAGGAAGUGGAGCCGCAGCCGGAGUUCAGGGAAGCCCCACAGGUGCCUCAGGUACGCUUACAUGCAAGUAGAAAAAAAAUGUCCACCUCUUUUUCUGAAAUCGUGGCUAACAUUUCUUUGUUUUGUUUUUCAUGGCAGUACUAUUUGCUCAGCCAAAUGGGAGCACCUGAUGCGUCGCUUGAGCAGAGGGAAACAGAGAAUGACAGCCUGAAGAGAGAGCUGGAGGUGCUCAAACCAGAGCUACAGCUCAUCAAGACUGAGGCUAAGAGGUGUCUAACUGAGUUAAAGGCUCAAGUGAAUCGUCUGGAGGCCGAGGUGGAGGAGCAGCGCACCCACAAACAGAUGGCUAUAGUGGAGAACGAACAACUGCGGAUGGAAGUGGAGGCUCUGCGGUGCGCGAGCGUCGCCAGUGUCGGGGCUCAGAUCGGAUUCAAGGAGGCAGACACGAGAGCUCAGGCGGCAGAGCUUCGGUUCACUCAGCUCAAAGAGAGACACGCAGAGCUGAUCACGAGUCAUGCUGAUUUAAUGAAGAAGAACGCAGACACAGUGAAGCUUCUGUCCAAUACAACACAAGGCCAAGACGAUUUGCUGAGAGCCAAACAGCAGCUGGAAACUGAGCUGGAAAAUCUACGACAGGAGAGAAUGAACGCGAUGAAUCAGCAGCAGCAGGAGGCUCAACGGCUCAACAAAGAACUCCUGGAGCAAAGAGCAGAACUGGCUCACCUUCGCAGCGCUCUGAACAAUAAAGAGAUGGAGGGAUCUCAGGUGAGCAGCAGUCUGGCAGCUCUGCAGGCGGAGCGGGAAACGCUGCUGCGCUCUGCGAGAGAGAAAGACGCUGAGCUGUCCUCGCUGAGACAACAGGCACAACAGCAGCAGGGCUCCAUGGACCUGGAGAGAGACCGGCUCAACCGGGAGCUGGAGGCUCUGAGAGCUCAGCUACAGCAGCAGCUCGCCAUCAACGCAGAGCAGAAGUUAGAGAUCGACAGGCUGAGACGAGAGCUGGACUCGACACGAGCGGAACUAGCACGUGCAAACGGCGCCCUGCAGAGCAAAGAAAUGAGUGGCACACAGCUGAGCAGUUCACUAGCAGGGCUGCAGGCGGAGAGGGAGGGGUUGCUGCGCUCGGUGAGGGACCAGGAGGCGGAGCUGAACUCCCUCAGACAGCAAGCUCAGCUCCACCAGAGCACCCUGGAGCAGGAGAGGCAGAGGAGCAGCAUGGAGCUGGGAAACCUGCACGCUCAGUUACAGCAACAGGCCUGUCGUGAAGGUGAGCUGGCCCACAAGCUGCAGGAGGAGCAGUUCUGUCUGCUGCAGUGUGCUGUGGUGGAGGCCGAGGGCAUCAUACUGGACGCUGUGGCCAAAGUGGACGACCCGAUACAUCUCUGCUGCAUCAGCUCACCUGAUUAUUUGGUGAAUCGAGCUGAAAUCACUCUGGGUUCGAUAGACAAAAUGCAGCAGAGCCACAUGGUCUACCUGGGAAACAGGAAUGAUGCCAGUGGUUUGUUGAGAGCGGUCACACAGUUCUCCCACCUCGCUGCUGACACGAUUGUCAACGGAGCAGCGACGUCUCACUCCGCUCCCACCGACCAGGCGGACUGUUUAACUGACAGCUGUCGGGAUUGUGCGAAUAACUGCCUCCAGUUCUUGAGGGAUCUAAAGCUUCAGGCCAGUUUACCGAGAGCAGACCCGUCUGCGGUACGCUACACUGUCCAACGCCUCCUCGCUCUGGGACAGGAUUUGCGUCCGAAAGGGCGGGAUGUGCUGAAAGAGGAGCUGGGAUACGUGGUGGAUAAAGAGAUGAUCGCAACAUCGACUGCCAUUGAAGAGGCUGUGCUGCGGAUGGACGAGAUCCUGAAUCAGGCAAAGAGAGACACUAGUGGCGUUAAGCUGGAGGUCAACCAGAGUAUCCUGGGUUCAUGUUCAGACCUGAUGAAGGCGGUUCACAUGCUGGUGACCGCUUCUACUGACCUGCAGAAGGACAUUGUGGAAGGAGGCAGGGGGGCAGCGUCUGUUACAGAAUUUUAUGCCAAAAACUCUUGUUGGACAGAAGGACUCAUCUCUGCCUCGAAAGCUGUGGGCUGGGGCGCCACGCAGCUGCUAAACUCUGCUGACCGGGUUGUGGGUGAAAAUGGAACAUAUGAGGAGCUCAUCGCCUGUUCGCAUGAGAUCGCUGCGAGCACGGCUCAGCUGGUCGCUGCCUCAAAGGUGAAGUCCGACCGCAACAACAAGAAGCUGAACACGCUGCAGCACGCCUCACGCCAUGUAAACGACAUGGCUGCUGUGGUCGUCACCUCCACCAAACAUGGGCAGCAGAAGAUCUCUGACCAAGGUGUGAUGGACUUCUCUGGCAUGUCUCUGAUUAAGCUGAAAACAGAGGAAAUGGAGGCUCAGGUGAAGGUUCUGCAGCUGGAGAACCAGCUGGAGCAGGAGCGAGUCCGCCUGGGGGAGCUGAGGAAGAGGCACUACGACCUCGGCUCUGGGACCACCGACGACGCCGCCGCUGCCGAGGGCGGAGCCGACAGCUUCCCACCGCCGCCGCCGCCUACUCUGCUGGACUCCACGCCAGUACCUCAGUCUCAGCCUUACCUGAACACCCAGACCUUCGCAAAUACCAAUCCCUUCGCGCCGGCUCAAACGCUGCCUCAGUCGACAAACACCGUCUCACCUCCUCAGACUUAUACCACCCCUCCUCAGACUUAUACCACCCCUUCUCAGACAUAUACCCCUCCUCAGACUUAUACCACCCCUCCCACACCCCUCCUCAGACUUAUACCACCCCUUCUCAGACAUAUACCCCUCCUCAGACUUAUACCACCCCUUCUCAGACAUAUACCCCUCCUCAGACUUAUACCACCCCUUCUCACUCCUACACCCCUCCUCAACCCUACACGCCCUCCCAGCCUUACGUCCCAGCUCAGCCUUACACACCGAACCCAACUCAGAGCUACUUAAACCCUCAGUCUUACUCGCUGUCACAGCCCUCGUCGCACACGCCCAGCCUCUCCCGGCCUCAGUCGCCGUCUCUGCCCCAGAAGACCCCGCAGAGCAAUGUGGAGACGACCACCAAACCAGCAUCAAGGAGACCCAACAUC